AUGACCACUUUCAAGGAGGCGGUGACGCUCAAGGACGUAGCUGUGGUCUUCAGCGAGGAGGAGCUGGGGCUGCUGGACGCUGCCCAGAGGAGGCUGUACCGCAACGUGAUGCUGGAGAACUUCAGGAGCCUGUUCUCAGUGGGGUGUCAUUCUUGCAAACCUGAUGUAUUUCACUUAGAAAAGGACAGACUUGAUGUGAUGAAGACACUGACCCAGAGAACAGGGAAUUCACCAGACAAGAUCCAAAGUGGGAUGGAGGUUGUUCCAGAAGCAGGACCACAUGAAGACUUGUCAUGCUGGCAGAUGUGGCAAUACAUUGCAAGUGACUUAACCAGAUGCCAAAACUCCAUGAUACGUAGUUCUCAGUAACCCAAACAAGGUGGUUCACCCAGCCAGGUUCCAGCAGAACAAUCCAUAACUCAUGUAGGCCAGAAACUUUACCAAUGUAAAGAGUAUAAAUAGUCCUUCAGUGAUGUCUGCAACUAUGAACUUUAUCAGCAGUUGCACCCAGGAGAGAAAUCCCAUAGCUGUCUUUAGUGUGGAAAAAGCUUCUGUUACAGCUCAGCUCUUCGUGUUCAUCAGAGAGUUCACAUGGGAGAGAAACGCCACAAGUGUGAUGUGUAUGGAAAGGAGUUCAGCCAGUGCUCCCAUCUGCAAACUCAUCAGAAGGUCCACACUGUAGAGAAACAAUUCAAAUGUGAGCAGUGUGGGAAAGGCUUCAGUUGGACAUCAACACUCCCUGUUCAUUGCAAAGUACACACUGGCGAGAGACCUUACACUUGUGAGGGUGGGAGGGCCUUCAUUCAUGCUUCCCAUCUCCAGGACCAUCAGCGAAUCCGCACUGGGGAGAAGACUUUCAGAUGGGAUAGAUGCAGUAAGACCUUCCACUGCAGGUCGGCACUUCAUAAUCAUUAAGUGCACACAGGAGAGAAGCCCUACAGAUGGGAGGAGUGUGGGAAGCAUUUCAUUGGUAGCUCGAAUCUGCAUAUCCAUCAGCGCGUCCACAUGGGAGAGAAACCAUGUAAUUGUGAAGACUGUGGUAAGUGCUUUACUCAACCUUCACGAUUUCAGGCCCAUCGGACAAUCCACUCUGGAAAGAAACCAUAUGUAUGUCAACUGUGUGACAAGGGCUUUGUUUACAGUUCAAGUUUUCAGGCCCGUCAAGGAGUCCACACUGAAAAGCCCUACCAAUGCAAGGAGUGUGGGAAAAGCUUCAAGAUGAAAAUCCAUGAACAAGUUCAUCUCUAUAAAUGUGAUGCAAGUGGGAAAGCCUUUCCCAGAGUUCCUAUCUUAAGAUCCAUGUUAAGCGUAGAGAAACCUUAUAAGUGUGAGGAGUGUGGACAGGGCUUCAAUCAGAAUUCACGGCUUCAGAUUCACCAGCUGAUCCACACAAGUGAGAAACCAUACAAAUGUGAAGAGUGUGGAAAGGGAUUCAGCCAGGGAGCAGAUCUUAAGAUUCAUUGUUGAAUCCAUACAGGAGAGAAACCCUAUAAAUGUGAGGAGUGUGGGAAGGGCUUCAGUCAGGCUUCACAUCUUCUGGCCCAUCAGAGAGUCCACAGUGGAGAAAAGCCAUUCAAAUGUGAAGAGUGUGGGAAGAGCUUUGGUCGGAGCGCACACCUUCAAGCUCACCAAAAAGUCCACACUGGGGAAAAGCCAUACAAAUGUGAGGAGUGUGGGAAGGGCUUCAAGUGGAGCUUGAAUCUUGACAUGCACCAGAGGGUCCACACAGGAGAAAAGCCAUAUAAGUGUGGGGAAUGUGGUAAGUACUUCAGUCAGGCCUCAAGUCUUCAACUUCACCAGAGUGUCCACACUGGAGAGAAGCCGUUCAAAUGUGAUGUGUGUGGUAAAGUCUUCAGUCGGUCUUCACAGCUCCAGUCUCAUCAGAGAGUUCACACAGGGGAGAAGCCUUACAAGUGUGAGAUGUGUAAUAAGAGCUUCAGCUGGCGAUCAAAUCUUGUAAGUCAUCAUAAAACUCACGCUAGUGAUACGCUUUAUGAAAGCGAUAAGAGAGGUAAGAAGAUUAGUCAAUCGUCAGAGCAAGGAAGUUCUGCAAAAGAAACUCACUGUACACUUGACGUAGGUCUUCAUGAGGAGUUGGACACAGGCAACGUCCGCCUAGUUUAUUCCAAAAUUCCAGACUCCCAGACAGAAGGCGUGAGCGCCGUUUUGCGUCCCCCAGGGCGGAGCUUCUUUGGGUCGGCGCGGAGCCAGUCUCCCAUGCUGCGGCUGCUCCACCCGCGAGCCUGCCUGUCACUUCAUGCCGCGUCACCUGGGGCGGACUCUGGGCUUUCCCAGAAGGAAGAAUUAAAGAUGAGCAUUUUCAAGGAAGCAGUGACCUUCAAGGAUGUAGCUGUGGCCUUCACUGAGGAGGAGCUGGGGCUGCUGGACUCUGCUCAGAGGAGGCUGUACCACGAUGUGAUGCUGGAGAACUUCAGGAACCUGCUCUCAGUGGGAGAGAACAUUGAGAGAGACUUAAGAAUUGUUCAAGACAGAGGAUCACAUGAAGAGCUUUCCUGCUGGCAGAUCUGGCAACAAAUUUCAAAUGACUUAACCAGGUGUCCAGACUCCAUGAUAAAUAAUACUCAGUUCUACCGACAAAGUGAUUCCCCCUGCCAAAUUGGAGCAUGGUUUCCUAUUCAACUUUCUGAAGAUGAGAACUGUAUACAAAAUCACAAAGCAGGUGAUCGCAGUAAUACUGGAAAUCCACAAUUUCCUACUUUGAGGACCCAGGAUUCUUGGAGGAAAACUUCUCUGACUGAGUCACAGAAUUAUCAGAAUAGAUAUCAGCAAAUUUCCAUGAAAAAUAAACUGUGUCUGUGUAGACAGGCUAUUGACCCCAUUAGUUGGACUUCACACCACUGUGAUGAUUGUGGAGCACACAAAAGUGAAAAGUCUUAUAGCCCUGAUGAUUAUGGCAAAGAUAGCAUAAAGAAUAGGAUGAUUCACACAGGGAAGAAGCUGUCUGAGUGUAAAGAAGCCUUCAGUGAUCUUUCUAGCUUUGAUCCCCAGCAGCAGUUAGACUCAGGAGAGAAGUCUGUUCCAUGUGUGGAGUGUGGGAAAGGCUUCCAUUAUGACUCAGUUCACCAUGUUCAUCAAACAGUUCAUGUGGGAGAAAAAAAUAAGUGUGCUGAGUGUGGUGAGGAAUUCAGUCACAGCUCACAUCUACAUGCCCAUCAGAAACUCCACCUUGUAGUGAGACCACACAAAUGUGACCAGUGUGGGAAAGGCUUCAGUCGAAGAUCAGCACUUAACGUUCAUUGUAAAGUCCACACAGGAGAGAAACCUUAUAAUUGUGAGGCAUGUGGGAGGGCCUUCAGUCAGGCCUCUCACCUCCAGGACCAUCAGAGACUCCACACUGGGGAGAAACCUUUCAAAUGUGAUGCCUGUGGGAAGAGCUUCAGUCGGAAUUCACAUCUUCAGUCCCAUCAGAGAGUUCACACAGGAGAGAAACCAUACAAAUGUGAGGAGUGUGGAAAGGGCUUCAUUUGUAGCUCAAAUCUUUACAUUCAUCAGAGGGUCCACACAGGAGAAAAACCGUAUAAGUGUGAGGAAUGUGGUAAAGGCUUUAGUCGACCUUCAAGUCUUCAGGCCCAUCAGGGAGUACACACUGGAGAGAAGUCACACAUAUGCACUGUGUGUGGUAAAGGCUUUACUCUGAGUUCAAAUCUUCAAGCCCAUCUGAGAGUCCACUCUGGAGAGAAACCAUAUAAAUGUGAGGAGUGUGGGAAGAGCUUUAGGAGGAACUCCCAUUACCAAGUUCAUCUAGUGGUCCAUACAGGAGAGAAACCCUAUAAAUGCGAGUUAUGUGGGAAGGGCUUUAGUCAGAGUUCAUAUCUUCAAAUCCAUCAGAAGGCCCACAGCAAAGAGAAACCUUAUAAAUGUAAGGAGUGUGGACAGGGCUUCAAUCAGUGUUCACGGCUUCAGAUUCACCAGCUGAUCCACACCGGUGAGAAACCAUACAAAUGUGAAGAGUGUGGAAAGGGAUUCAGCCGGGGAGCAGAUCUUAAGAUUCAUUGUCGAAUCCACACAGGAGAGAAACCCUAUAAAUGUGAGGAGUGUGGGAAGGGCUUCAGUCAGGCUUCACAUCUUCUGGCCCAUCAGAGAGUCCACAGUGGAGAAAAGCCAUUCAAAUGUGAAGAGUGUGGGAAGAGCUUUGGUCGGAGCGCACACCUUCAAGCUCACCAAAAAGUCCACACUGGGGAAAAGCCAUACAAAUGUGAGGAGUGUGGGAAGGGCUUCAAGUGGAGCUUGAAUCUUGACAUGCACCAGAGGGUCCACACAGGAGAAAAGCCAUAUAAGUGUGGGGAAUGUGGUAAGUACUUUAGUCAGGCCUCAAGUCUUCAACUUCACCAGAGUGUCCACACUGGAGAGAAGCCGUUCAAAUGUGAUGUGUGUGGUAAAGUCUUCAGUCGGUCUUCACAGCUCCAGUCUCAUCAGAGAGUUCACACAGGGGAGAAGCCUUACAAGUGUGAGAUGUGUAAUAAGAGCUUCAGCUGGCGAUCAAAUCUUGUAAGUCAUCAUAAAACUCACGCUAGUGAUACGCUUUAUGAAAGCGAUAAGAGAGGUAAGAAGAUUAGUCAAUCGUCAGAGCAAGGAAGUUCUGCAAAGUGACAUUAUUGAAAAACCUCAUGUGUGACCUGAAUUCUCAUGUUCAUUAUGCUUCAUAGAAGAAAAAUAUUUGGUUUACUGGUCACUGUUUAUGUAAUACUGAGCAAAUGCCACCCAGCUGAGCACCUUGCAAGUGGUACUGGAAAGGUUUCAGUCAGAACUCGGACAUUUAUCAGAUAUCACUUAGGAAGGAGGACUUUGAAAGGAAAUGAGGGUGACUGGGCCUUUAGCAAAAGUAUUGUUUGAGGUGUACCAGAGUGCAUGUCACUAGACUGUAAGCUCCAUGGGCAGGACCAUUGCUGUUGGUUAUAUAUGGCCUCAACAUUGAUGACAGGUUUUGGUUAAAUGAGUCAAAAGGAAAACAUGUAGAAUACUUGAAAAUGGUACACAGAGGAGGAAGCCGUCAAAAGAAAAUUAUUCAGGGAAAUGAGUAUUUGUUGAAAUGCAGAAAACCAGUGGAUCUGCAUCCUGCCAUGUUAAAAUGGUGUCACCCUAUUGCACCUGACUCCUGUUCUACCUCCAGCCUCUGCUCUCAAGUUGGGUUCUUCCUGGAUCCCUGUCUGCUUUGCCAUGGGUAUUAUACUUUAUACGCUGAACUGUCUUUUAUGAUUUUUGUGGCUGUUGCUAAACAGUUUUAUUUAUCUGACAGUAACAGGUUUCUGAAUAUUACACAGUUGAAUGUUUACCCAGUAGCACUAGGUGAUUUAAUGCAACACUUUGGAAGUGUCAGAAGUAGUAACCAAUGACAGAAUUUCUCUAUAGACUGAAUUUACUUGUGAUCCCUCAUUCUCUGCAUUUCUAUCCAGACUUUGAAAUGAUUGCCUUUUAAUUACCACAGCGUUCUCUUUCCAUGUCAUGUUCCCAUCUCCACAACGCAAAUACCGAAAAGAACUUGCGGAUGUUUGAUCAUUUCACCGAAUGUAUUUGAAGCAGAAUUGACAUGCAUAUACUUUCCCCUAUCGGAAGCAGAAAGCAUGGUUGGGCAAAGUGUAUAUCAGAAGGUAAAUUGUGUACUUCUUUGAGCUGGAAGUCAUAUACUUGGAAUUAAUUUUAUGAUGUUUUUGUCAGUACUGGGGUUUCAACUCAGGGCUCAUGCUUUUCCAUGCAGGUGCUCCUGUCACUGGCCCUUUUAUGCUUUCGUUAUUUUUUUUAGAUAGAAUCUUGCACUUUUUGCCAACGGCCAGCCACAGACUAUGAUCCUACUACCCAUGCCUCCCAUGUAGCUGGGAUUAUAGAUGUAUGUCAUCACACCCAGCUUGUUUUGUUCAGGUAGGGUCUUAACCAGUUUGUGUCUGGG